GUAGCCGAAAGCCCCCUCCCCCCCCACUUGGAGGAAGGGCACCGUUGUGGCAUGACAAGGGAGCUGGCGGGGAGGCCGCCGAGUAGCGCCCCUCCCCCCACGUCGCCAUGCCGCUGGAAAGCUUGUCUCGCAUCAUCAAAGUGCAGCUGCCUGCCUACCUCAAGCGCCUGCCCUUGCCCGAGAGCAUCAGCGGCUUCGUCAGGCUGACAGUUUCAGAAUGGCUGCGGUUAUUGCCAUUCCUGGGUGUCCUGGCACUACUUGGAUACCUGGCUCUUCGUCCAUUCCUCCCCAAGAAGAAACAGCAGAAGGAUAGCUUGAUUAACCUCAAGAUCCAGAAGGAAAAUCCCAAAGUAGUAAAUGAAAUAAACAUUGAAGAUCUGUGCCUCACUAAAGCUUACUGCAGGUGUUGGCGUUCUAAGACGUUCCCUGUCUGUGAUGGCUCUCACAACAAACACAAUGAAUUGACAGGCGAUAAUGUGGGUCCACUAAUACUCAAGAAGAAAGAAGUAUAGAGAAUCUCUAAUCCAUUAAAUCACGACUGAUGUGAAGUCAUUUAUACAUUUGUAAUUGCAGGACACAAUGUUUUAUGUACGUUGUGGAAUUUUUAGUCUAAUGGCUGCUGUAGAUUUCCUUUUGGUUUAACCUAUAGUUACAGGCAAGUGCUAGACCUAGGUCCGAUUUGAUACUUUGUAUGUUCUGAAGAAUCAUGUCUUGUGUAAAACUGUAAAGUAAACAUCUUUGUAAAUAGGCCUUUUUAUCUGAACACAAUGACCACUCCCAAUCUUACAAUUAAAUCUUUUCGGUAUGAACGUGAUAUAAUAAACACACGACUCAAAGGGCCAGA